UUUAUCUUUAGCGUUAAGUUUUGCUUUGAAAGCUUUUUAAUUGUAUUAUUUCAUGUAAGAAAGCUAUGACGCAUGAGACGAUAUGAUUUCAUAAAAUACUGGUUUCCUUUGAAUAACGUUUUCUGUUAUAGUAAGAUAAAUAUUUUUAUCCCACUUUUACACCGAAAUCGGUUGAUUAAAGCCCCGUUGAUUAAAUUUCAUCUAUAAUCAACGGCAAGGCUAUAAUCAAUGGCACGAAAUGACGUCAUCAACUGCCGAACCGGGACUACUUUUUCCCACGCACCUCGUCGCCUGUAUUUGCCAAGUGCAUCAAUAAUAAAAACAAUCUCAAAUGUUUGUCAAUCUUAAUGACCUUAAAACAAAUAAAAGCAGCAAAAAACCGUGUUUUUUGUCAUUUAUUUUUAUUAAAACCUCUAGUAUUAUGUAAAUGUAACACUAUGUUGCAAAUAGGUUCUGUUGUUGUUGCUCCCCUUUGAAGAAGUCAGUUCGAGUUGCUCCCCUUUGACUAUAGAACACAAUCGUCUGCGAAAUCGUAAACCCCUCAAAAUGUCUGACGAAUUUGACAAAGUCAAUUUCUCAUAAACUUGGGAUGAAUUAAAUAAUGAACAUGAGCAACAAACAACUGAAGUGGAAUUAACACUAAGCCAGUUCCAGGAACAAUAUGGGUUUGAUCCAUCUAUUUUGUUCACAAAUGAAAUUGAAUUGACCAUUGAGAAUGAAACCAGCCCCAGUAGUAACGCACCAUCCAGUAGCAAUGUCUUCCCUCCAACUUUAGAUCUGCAUGAGAAUAAAGAGUUCUUAGAUGUUAACCUCACUGAUGUUGGUGAUUUCAUUGUCCAAAAUGAAAAUAAAAAGACUGUAUCGAAGACCUUGUCUGACAUAAACAAAUUUAAAAGGUUUCUUAUGUCAAAAGCUGAAUCAAAAGAAAUCCACCACAUAGAACCAACUCUUCUUGAUGAGUAUUUGGCCACUUUCCUGUUGUCCCUUAAAAAGUCAAAUGGCACAGAUUUUGAACCAAGCUCCCUCCGUGGCAUCAUUGCUAGUGUUGACAGGUACAUGAAACGACAUCGCUAUGGAUGUUCAGUCAUGACAGGGACUGGAGCCCAAUUUGCACUCCCAAGGGAUACCUACAAUGCAAAGAAAAAAAGUCUUAAGAAACAGGGUUUGGGAAACCGUCCUAGGGAGGCCCAUCCGCUGAGUGAUACCGACAUCGAUCUGCUCUGGGAGAAGGGGAUCCUUGGCACGGAGUCUCCGAAAGCCUUGUUAAAUACAGUCUGGUUGAACAACUGCCUUCAUUUUGGCUUGCGAGGUACAACGGAGCAAUACAAUUUGCGGUGGGGAGACGUCCGCCUCCGUGUAGACUCGAAUGGUGUCGAGUAUCUCGAGUUAAACGAGCGGCAAACGAAAACGCGCACAGGAGAGAACAUCGCUGACAUAAGAAAAGUGUCUCCCAAGAUGUUCGGCACUUCUGGACCAAGAAAUCCCGUGUUAAUUUACAAGCUGUACUCGAAUAUGCGUCCAUCUGAUUUUUCUUCAGAUCAGCCUCCUUUCUACCUGGCAACACGCACAAUUGACACUGCAUCCCAGUGGUUCUUGCGUCAACAAUUGGGUGUCAACAAGAUGGGUCAGCUGCUGAAGGCCAUGGCAAAAGACGCCGGCUUUCCCGAGCACAAGAGAAUAACCAACCACUCAGUUCGCAAAUUCCUGGUCCAAAAACUUCGAAAUGCAAACAUUCCACCCACUGAAAUCAUGGCCAUAACAGGGCACAAAAAUGUCCAGUCCAUAACCAAUUAUUCCACCAUAUCUGUUGAACAGCAGCAAAAGUGUUCCAACAUUCUUGCUCAGUCCAGUAAAUGUAACAAACAAACAGCUUCCUCUUGUUUACCUUCAUGCACUGAAACUAUGGUCGAAAUGCAGCCUACACAACCACUGUCUACCGUUGAACAAGUUGAUCUUGAUUUUCGUCCCACCCAGUCACUUCACCAGCAAAUGUCUUUCUCUCGUUCGAACAACUUUGCCUCACAAUUGUUUGGUGCCACUUUCCACAUUCAAAAUUUUAAUGUGAAUAAUUAGAUUAAAUCCAAGUUGUUAUUGUUAUUUCGUCACGAAAUAACCACAUAUUACAACAAAGAAGCAAAUGUUUUGCACCUCGUGUUCUAGUUGAUAGUUUGAACAUCGAAAGUGAAUUGUGUGUGGUGUUAGGCUACGUUGUAUACAAAUGUAGUUUCAUUGUAUUUAACAACUAAAUGUUAUAUUAAUGUUAUAAAACUUUUAGAUUUGCAAUUCAAUAUGAAUAAAAUUGUUAUUAGUAACGCACGAUUCUUUGUCACAGAACGAUAUUCUGAUUAUUUUAAAUGACAAUUUGAUCAGCGGUUAUUUUUGGAACGCGGAGUAAUACACUGAUCUUGGUUACACUACAGUCAUUAUCAAAGUACGACAAACACUCAUGAAAACUAAUUUUGUUAAAAUAAAAAGGUUUACUGAAUAAAAAAGUGGGAUAAAUAGAAUAAUAGGUUAGUGUUGAUUAUAGAUCAGGUUUAUCAUGCUCGGCACGAAAACGAAAAAGCACUCGCCAAGGCUCGUGCUUUUUGUUUUCUAAGCCUCGCAUGAUAAACCUGAUCUAUAAUCAACACUAACCUAUUAUUCUCUAUGUAAAGGCUAAAAAAACAAAAAUAAACAUGGUAUGUAGUCGGUAUGUUAACAUUAAUUACAUUAGUGCAAAUAGAUAACGCAUGAAAAACGUUAUUUUCCGCUAAAAAGCACAGUUUAUAAUUUAAUUGUUAUUCUUUCCAGUGAAUAAAUAACGCUUUAUCCCAUAGAUAGCAAGCAAGUAUCCGCUGCGUACACAUGAUCUUCAAUAACACAGGUACACAUCAUG